CAGGAAGCAGCCGCGAGGCGCAGGAAGGCCAAGAGGGGCGGGGAUCGGUUGCCUGCCGCGCCGACGCCCGGGACCUGGCGAUCCUCCUGACGCGGGCCCUCCUACAGCCGAGCCUUCGAAGCCACCCGGCCGACCUUCUUCCUUGCGCUUCCGGAAGCCGACGCGAACAAGUGCGCCUGCGUGCCGGGGGAUCCGCGCGCCUCUCGGCUCUCCUCGCGCCGGCCCGCUGCCGGUCGGUUCCUGCCGCUCCUCGCUCCCGGCGUCUCGCCUCAGAAGCGCACUGACGUGCGGCAUGUCGCGGCGGCGGCACAGCGACGAGAAUGACGGAGGACAGCCUCACAAAAGGAGAAAGACCUCUGAUGCCAAUGAAACUGAAGAUCAUUUGGAAUCUUUAAUAUGCAAAGUAGGAGAAAAGAGCGCCUGCUCUUUGGAGAGCAACCUAGAAGGCUUAGCCGGUGUUUUGGAAGCUGAUCUUCCUAACUACAAGAGCAAGAUCUUAAGGCUUCUUUGUACAGUUGCACGUCUGUUACCUGAGAAGUUAACAAUUUAUACAACAUUAGUUGGACUGCUGAAUGCCAGGAAUUACAACUUUGGUGGAGAAUUUGUAGAAGCCAUGAUUCGUCAACUUAAAGAAUCAUUGAAAGCAAACAACUAUAAUGAAGCCGUAUAUCUGGUCCGUUUUUUAUCUGAUCUUGUGAAUUGUCAUGUAAUAGCUGCCCCAUCCAUGGUUGCUAUGUUUGAAAAUUUUGUAAGUGUAACUCAGGAAGAAGAUGUGCCUCAGGUACGACGGGAUUGGUAUGUGUAUGCAUUUCUGUCAUCUUUGCCCUGGGUUGGAAAGGAGUUGUAUGAAAAGAAAGAUGCAGAGAUGGAUCGCAUCUUUGCCAACACUGAAAGCUAUCUUAAGAGACGCCAGAAGACUCAUGUACCCAUGCUACAAGUAUGGACUGCUGAUAAACCACAUCCACAAGAGGAGUAUUUAGAUUGCCUGUGGGCCCAGAUUCAGAAAUUGAAAAAGGAUCGCUGGCAGGAACGGCACAUCCUAAGACCUUAUCUUGCCUUUGACAGUAUCCUGUGUGAAGCGCUGCAGCACAAUCUGCCUCCUUUUACUCCACCUCCUCACACGGAAGAUUCAGUGUACCCGAUGCCACGGGUUAUCUUUAGAAUGUUUGAUUACACAGAUGAUCCUGAGGGACCCGUUAUGCCAGGGAGCCAUUCAGUAGAAAGAUUUGUGAUAGAAGAGAAUCUUCACUGCAUCAUUAAGUCCCAUUGGAAGGAAAGGAAGACUUGUGCCGCGCAGCUAGUAAGCUACCCGGGGAAGAGCAAGAUCCCCCUGAACUACCACAUAGUUGAGGUGAUCUUUGCAGAGCUGUUUCAACUUCCAGCACCCUCUCACAUUGACGUGAUGUACACGACGCUUCUUAUUGAACUGUGCAAACUUCAACCUGGUUCUCUACCCCAAGUUCUUGCACAGGCAACUGAGAUGUUGUACAUGCGACUGGACACAAUGAAUACCACCUGUGUAGACAGGUUUAUUAAUUGGUUUUCCCAUCAUCUAAGUAACUUCCAGUUCCGCUGGAGCUGGGAAGACUGGUCAGAUUGUCUUACUCAAGACCCUGAAAGUCCCAAACCAAAGUUUGUCAGAGAAGUACUGGAAAAGUGUAUGAGGUUGUCAUACCAUCAGCGUAUAUUAGAUAUUGUGCCUCCUACCUUCUCAACUCUGUGUCCUUCCAACCCAACUUGCAUUUACAAGUAUGGAGAUGAAAGUAGCAAUUCCCUUCCUGGACAUUCUGUUGCCCUCUGUUUAUCUGUUGCAUUUAAAAGUAAGGCAACCAAUGAUGAAAUCUUCAGCAUUCUGAAAGAUGUUCCAAAUCCUAACCAGGAUGAUGACGACGAUGAAGGAUUCAGUUUUAACCCAUUGAAAAUAGAAGUCUUUGUACAGACUCUGCUACACCUGGCAGCCAAGUCGUUCAGCCAUUCCUUCAGUGCUCUUGCAAAGUUUCAUGAAGUCUUCAAAACCCUGGCAGAAAGUGAUGAGGGGAAGUUACAUGUUCUAAGAGUUAUGUUUGAAGUCUGGAGGAACCACCCACAGAUGAUUGCUGUACUAGUGGAUAAGAUGAUUCGGACGCAGAUUGUUGACUGUGCGGCAGUAGCAAACUGGAUUUUCUCUUCAGAAUUAUCUCGUGACUUUACUAGGUUGUUUGUUUGGGAAAUUUUGCACUCCACUAUUCGGAAGAUGAACAAACACGUUCUGAAGAUCCAGAAGGAGUUAGAAGAAGCUAAAGAAAAACUUGCAAGGCAGCACAAACGGCGCAGUGAUGAUGACGACAGAAGCAGUGACAGGAAGGACGGGGCUCUUGAGGAGCAGAUAGAAAGACUGCAGGAAAAAGUGGAAUCAGCUCAGAGUGAACAGAAGAACCUCUUCCUUGUCAUAUUUCAGCGUUUUAUCAUGAUCUUAACCGAGCACUUAGUACGGUGUGAGACUGAUGGGACCAGUGUCUUAACACCAUGGUUUAAGAAUUGUAUAGAGAGGCUCCAGCAGAUCUUCUUACAGCAUCACCAAAUAAUCCAGCAGUACAUGGUGACCCUGGAGAACCUUCUCUUCACUGCCGAGUUAGACCCUCACAUCUUGGCUGUGUUCCAGCAGUUCUGUGCCCUGCAGGCCUAAGGGUCAUUUUUUUUUCCUCGUGUUGAGAUUUUUUAAAAAUAUCUUAAAAUAAUUUGUCUUAUUUUUGAUGGUUUGAAUGCUUGCUUUCUUGUAGUAUCCUUUCACUUAUUAAAGGAAACAGAGGGGGAGGGUUACAGUGAGGAACAUGAACACAAUUAGCUUUAAUUACCCCUAAAUGACUUCCUAAUGGCAGUGAUGUGACCUGACCAUAGGACAGUGUAUAUGUGACAGAUACAACUUUUACUGUGAUUCAUUUGAUAUUUUCUCUCUUUAAGGAAGAAAACAAAACAAACAAAAAAAACUGAUCUGAGAUAUGUGAAACACUAGAGAUCAAGCUUACAAAGUAGUAUGUAGAACUGAUGGUUUAUUACCAAGUAGCCUAGCUUUUCACAGCUCAUGGAUAACCUAACAUGACUGAAAUAAAACUAAAAGUAUGUUUUUUAAACUUUGGUUUUUCAUGAUUUAUCAUCUCAGUUUGCUUUAAAAUUGGUGAUUUCUUAAUGAAGGUGUACUUAUCUCCACUUGAAAUUUUCUCUUCAAAAUGUUUUUAAGUAAUAUCUUACUAGGUAUCUAGCUAUCUAGAAGCUAACUACUUAUGAGUAUAUAAAAUUUGACUACUUAGAGCAGCAGUUCCCCAAAUUUGUCUGAACAUUAGAAUCACUUUAUAAUCAUUUAAAAAUUGUUUUAAAAAUUAAAUCACAAUCUCUGGGAGUGGGACACAGACACCAGGGGUGUGGUCUGUCAGGUGAGUCCAUUGUGCACACAGGUUUGGGAACCACUGUCCAAGAGCAUCUGGUCAUUUCCCCCGGCCUCAGAGGGGUUUGUCGAGGUCAUGUAGUGAGUACAGGAUGAAGUGAAACUAGAAAUAGCUAGACUGGUUACAACUAUACUUGGAAUUAGGUGUGGGUUUAGAUUUUGUUCCUGUGAUAUCUGGUUCAAGUAACUACCUAUUCCUGAGCCUGUUUCCUAUAUGGUGUUGAAGCUUAAAUAAGAUAAUAUCAGAGUGCUUUGUAAAAUAAUACACAAGUAUUAGGGAUUAUCUGACAUCACAGAUUUCUAGGACUUUUUAGACUUCUUUCAAUAAGCCUUACCCUUAAGCCCACAAUUACUGGUAGAUUUUUGAACACUUCCAACAUAGCUAUCAUUUUUCCUGACACAAGCUUCUCAUGCAUUAAUCAUUUCCAUAUUGACAUGUGGUCCCUUUGGUUUGCCAUCCUUUUAGUGGCUACCAAAAAUACUCCACUCAAUAGAUGGGAAUUCCUAAAAUUGUUAAAUACCAUUUAAGACGAAGUAAUUAUUCACAAGAUCAGGAUUGCAUGGCAAGCGGUUAACAGAAAGGGGACUAAAACCCAGGUUCUUGGCUAAACACUUUUAUAUUGUUACUCCUUCCCCUUGCUAAGCACAGUACGAACUACUUAACUACUUAGAAAUGAUUCCUAUCCUUGAGACAUCGGCAGCUUUUUAGUUGACCCUGAACUACUGUCAUCCUUUCAUGAUGUACUGCAAAGGUUGACUAGUAACACUCGAUCCGUAUCUAGAGGGAUUUGGAAGUUUUCAUUGCCCUCCUUUUGGACCCUCUUGUCAUACAUAAUGGUUGCUUCUAACAACUGUUCACUGAUGUGUGUCACUCAGAGCUGUUUCUGGCUCCGUCCCAAUCUGGUGGCACUGAAUCUAGGCAAAUGGAAAGACUGAACUAGGGACUGAAUUUUGAGCAAACAUUCAACAGUUUCUUUCUCCAGUAGUGAAGCACACACAGAUAAAAGGAUGGCACAUUGCUCAUGUUCCACCUUGUAGUGAAUCAAUGCUCUGUUCAGUUGUACUGACACCAUUUAACAUGCUUUUGUCUAAGCAAUCAUGUCCUGUUUUCCUUGAUUCCAAAUCUCCCCUCCAGGAAAAUUAUUCAUGGCAACAGUUCAAACGAAGAUAAGGUUUUUUGUUUUUCCUGGAAAGAAUUUAGCUGUGAUUUGUGUAACUUACUAAUCUAUAAUUACACCUGAAAAUUAAAGGUGAGGAAAGAGUUGGCCUGAGUAGAGCCAAUUUAGUUGUCAGUGAUACCUCCAAACCAGGAUGGUCUUAAGUGGAUGAAGGGGAAGUGUGACUAGGAGCACACCUGAGCCAGGCAACACUGUAAACAUAUUGGUCUGGAUGAUGCCACAUGCUCAGUAACUGGUGGCUACCAGGUGCAGGUGUUGCCAAGUCCCCUAUUUAGUCCUCACAGCAGGCCUGUGAAGGCGGGAUUAUUAUGCACACGUUACAGAUAAAAACAGGCCCCUGGAGUAACUUCAGCCCAUGAGCCAGAGCUGGUAAAUAGAAAUUUGAACCUAGGUCCAGUAACCCAAUCCCUAGUUGUCAUCAAGCCGGAAACUUUUUUGUCCCAGGGAAGUCUUGCUGCCCAUUCAGAAUCAAGUUCUGCUGAGCUAUGUAUUAUAUAUCCAUAAUAUAGCACAUAUAGAAAAUCUACAUUUAAAAAAUAUAUUACAGAAAUUAGAGCAAUUAGUAAUCAUAGUCUCAAACCUAAUUUUGGGAAUUUGCCUUGUUUUGACUUUUGCGUUCCUGCAAGCAUAAUCUCCAAGGCUAAUCUAAAGAGAAAAAUAAAAGUGUAAAUCUCCAUGUUUCUUUUGUUUGUAGCAGUAGGAUAAAGAAUCAUAUCCAAGAACAAUUUGAACAUUUAUCUUAAUUUGCCUUUGUUUUUAUCAAAACAGGGCAAAUGCCCUGUAGCCAAGCCUGUGGGACCAUGGGAUCAGAUCCUCUUGCUAGCUGCUGAAACUACUCUGUAAUCACUUUUAGAAGAUACAGGAAAUCUGAGCAGUUCACCUUGACACAGAUGCCUGGGAUGCUGUGAGAAGUACAAAAAAAAAAAAAAAAAAAAACAAAACAGAACUACAUUCUGCUACAGCCUACCCACUGAACCUUAACUGAAACUGGCUCUUAACAGACACACUACUGGGCAGUAUUUAGGCAGGGUCUCAUCCUCUAUGUGAUGUUUACAUUUUGGCUAAUUUUGAAUCGAAUUUGAAAUUGUCUUGAGCUCCUACUCCCUAGGAAAAAUCUAAAUUUCCUUUAUUUAAAUGUAAAAUACUGUAAAACAGGUCACUGAACUAAAAAUCACAUUUUCUCAUAUGUCAGCUCAUGGCCACACACAGUGCAAGUCCUGCGGUACGUGUCAUCUUCGAGGUUUUCCUCCGCUCCGUACUCAUGUUGGUGAACACUUGUCUCCCUUUUCCACACACUACUUCUCACUGCUCGCCGCAAUUCUAAAAUAAAAAUUUAAAAAUCAGUUUUCAGGAGUGUGGAACCCCAAAAUAAAUCCUGUCAGUCUUUUAACCGUGUAUAUAUAAAAUAUAUGUAUUUAAACCACAUAGGGUUUAAAAAGCUAACAAAUAAAACUUGCUCAUAAAAAUUU